AUGGGUAGACAUAAGAACGGAAUGUCGAGACGUGGUCGCCCACGCAAAUCCAAAUCUCAACCUGAGGGUAACCGAAAUCCUAACCCAAUCGAAUCGGGGGUAGAAGUGAACCAAAUAUUGCUGAUGUGCAAUGAAAGUUUUCUUGCUGCUCUACAAGAUCCCGAACAGGUAUUUCUUACUUCUGCAUCCAUACCUGUUGUUUCUGAAUAUCUUGAUGUGUUCCCCGACGAUUUACCGGGUAUACCACCGGUACGAGAAAUCGAAUUUACUAUCGAUCUAGUCCCAGGAGCUUCUCCUAUUUCCAAGGCUCCCUACCGAAUGGCUCCAACUGAAAUGAAAGAGCUUAAAACUCAACUCGAUGAUCUAUUGAAUAAAGGUUUCAUUCGGCCUAGUGUUUCACCCUGGGAAGCUCCAGUUCUUUUCGUUAAAAAGAAAGACGGUACGAUGCGUCUUUGUGUCGAUUAUCGGGAACUUAAUAAAUAUCAUUCGGGCAAAGCUAAUGUAGUUGCCGACGCUUUAAGCCGUAAAUCUAUGGAACAAGUUUCUUCUUUAAUUGUUUCUACAGAGUUGGCUUUGGAAAUCGAACGGUUUGAACUAGAAAUCUAUCCGAGUUCGCAAACGGAAAUUCUGUCAAAUCUAAUGGUAGAACCGACUCUAAUCUCUCGGAUCAAAGAAGCCCAACAAGAUAGUGAAUUAUGGGCAAAUUUCCAGCAGGCACAAGAGAAUUCUAGUUCAGAGUUCAGAAUUGAUGAUGAUCACGUGUUGUGGUUUCGGGAUCGUCUUUGUGUUCCGAAUAACUCGGAGUUAGAGAUCUAA